CUUGAGGAUGCGGGUAACUCAUGUACGGCGGAGCGCACGGGCCAGGUCGGAAACGAAAGGGAAAGCGUCGCAUCCGCGAACAUCUCACCAUCUUCUCUGCGGUCUCUCUGUCUUCACCCUGCCAAUUCCUCUAUACAACUCUUCAAAAUGGCUUCUGGAUAUGGUCUCAAUGGCGGUCCCGGCCGCUGCUACCCCUUCUGGCAAGAGGUCCUUGGAUGCUACGUGGUGAACUCUGGCGAGGGUGAGGCUGGAAAGAAGAAGUGCACCCCGGCUCUGGACGAUUAUUACGAGUGCCUCCACCACCGCAAGGAGGCCAUGCGCACAAUGAAGAUGCAGGUUGCCUUCCGCAAGGCCGAAGCUGCUCACCCUCGUGAGAAUGCCCCCAAGGCUGAGCAGAUCCGCAGUUUAGGUCUGCUUGGGAAGGAAGAGGAGGCAACUGCUGUGAUGUCGCAACUGUGA